CUAAGUGAGUCACUAGAGCUGUGGCGUUUCCCAGCGUCAGAGAGCUGAGGCUUGGUCCUUUUACUCAAGCUGUAGUCAGACUGAGACAGACACUUUAACGGACGACAGCACUGCUCUGCUCUGCACUCUACACACAGCAACAUGGGAGCCUGCUGCUUUGACAAGAAAGAGAAGAAAUUAGGGAAACUAAAUGGUUGGAGAAAGUUUAAGAGAAUGUUGAAUCGGGAGUUGACGCACCUAUCUGAGAUGAGUCGGUCGGGGAAUCAGGUUUCCGAGUUCAUCUCCAACACCUUCCUUGACAAACAAAAUGAGGUGGAGAUCCCGUCACCGACAUCCAAGACGCGAGAAAAGAAGAAGCAGCAGAAGCAGCAGCUGAUGACACAGAUCAGCGGGGUCAAGAAGGUCUCCCACGGGCCCUCGCUCUCCAGCAGCAGCAUCUCACGCUUCGGCGUCAAGACCGAUAAGGAGGAGCUGCUGUCCAAGGAGCUGGAGGACCUCAACAAGUGGGGCCUGAACAUCUUCACCGUGUCAGAGUACUCCAACAACCGACCUCUCACCUGCAUCAUGUAUGCCAUCUUUCAGGAGCGAGACCUGUUGAAGACAUUCAAAAUCCCUGUGGAUACGUUUGUGGCCUACAUGAUGACACUGGAAGAUCACUACCAUUCAGAUGUGGCCUACCAUAACAGCCUGCAUGCUGCUGACGUAGCCCAGUCCACACACAUUCUCCUCUCAACUCCAGCCCUCGAUGCGGUCUUCACAGAUCUUGAGAUCCUUGCAGCCAUCUUUGCUGCAGCUAUCCAUGAUGUUGACCACCCUGGAGUAUCAAACCAAUUCCUAAUCAAUACCAACUCUGAGCUGGCCCUGAUGUACAACGAUGAAUCUGUACUGGAGAACCAUCACUUGGCUGUGGGAUUCAAACUACUUCAGGAAGACAACUGUGAUAUCUUCCAGAACCUCACUAAGAAGCAGCGACAGUCCCUACGCAAGAUGGUCAUUGACAUGGUUUUGGCCACUGACAUGUCCAAACACAUGAGUCUGUUGGCUGAUCUGAAGACUAUGGUGGAGACCAAGAAGGUGACGAGCUCUGGAGUGCUGCUGCUGGACAAUUACACAGACAGAAUACAAGUGCUGCGUAACAUGGUGCACUGUGCUGACCUGAGUAACCCCACUAAGUCCCUGGAGUUGUAUCGUCAGUGGACUGAUCGGAUAAUGGAGGAGUUCUUCCACCAGGGAGACAGAGAGAGGGAGAGGGGGAUGGAGAUCAGCCCUAUGUGUGAUAAACACACAGCCUCGGUGGAAAAGAGCCAGGUGGGUUUCAUCGACUAUAUUGUGCACCCUCUGUGGGAGACUUGGGCUGAUCUGGUCCACCCUGAUGCCCAGGACAUUCUGGACACGCUGGAAGACAACAGGAACUGGUACCAGAGCAUGAUCCCCCAGAGCCCUUCCCCACCCUUCUAUGACCAGUGUACACAUGGACACUGCGGAGGCACUGGAGGGCAGGGAGGCGGGGAGAAAUUUCAGUUUGAGCUGACCUUGGAGGAGGAGGACUUGGAUGGAAUAGAGAAAGAUGGUGAAGGGGAGGAGGAGGAAGAAGAAGAGGAAGAGUUAGAGGAGGAGGAGGAUAGUCUAGGAGAUUCUCGUUCUCCUCCCCUGGACUAUUUGGACAGUCAGGAGCAGGACGAAGGUGGCAUGACGGAGCCCACGACAGCAAUAGAGAUCGUGACACAUGAGGCAUCACCCACAGACACAUAGGGCUUCCAUCAGCAGGCUCACAUGGUGAUUUGAAAGUUUUUUGAAAAAGAGGGGAGAUCCUCUUGCAGCUGUGCUUUUUAACAAGCCCACAGAAGCAAGGGCUUAGUUUUGGCCCGCACAGGGGCGUCUUGCACUUGGGUGUUUGAAGCCAGACACGGACGGACAGUUUCAGUGAAGCGGCUUCAGAGUUCUCAGGAAAUAAUUACUGCAGACAUUUUAGUCUUGAUGGACAGGCGAGACUGAGGGUGGAACUUGAAGGAUUUUGGCCAGUUUGGGAAAUGGUAACUUUUCUUUUCUGGACUGGCAUUAAAUGGACAUUGACACUACUGAGAGAAGUUUUGUACCUUAAGACUUUUUUUUACAGAUAUGACAUGAUCUAGAAGUAGCAUAGAGUAAGAUCUACUGAUGGAGACACGUUUGUAUAGCAAGAGAAAGUGUUUACUUUUUUCCUGUACCAUUUGUCAAAGGACUUUUGUGUGCCUUUUUUACUAAUGUCUUUAUAUAGUUUUUUAUUUAUUGAACACUCUAGUAUGUCUGUGAAAUGUUUUUUUUUUCAUAUCUGAGAGAGCAAAAUCUUUUUUGUAUGUUAAAAGAGAACAGUCUUCCAUGUAUUGGGCAAUAGAGAAAUCCAAACAAACAUCGACAAACAACUCUUGGACAAACUCAUUUUAAUAGGGAAACAUGAACACCCACAUUAUACGCACAUAAUCACAUUUGUUUUUCAAUCUGAGCACAACGUUUUUUCUUUACACAAAGAAAUUUUAACACCUAUAUUCAUUCAUGGUUCAUGUUACAUGUUCACCUUAUUGCUUUCUAUGUCAGUCAAUGAAUGUCACAAUCACACUGAAAUACAUUUCUCCUAUUUUCAUGCACAAUUUCUUCAGCAUAUCUUUUCCUCUCCUUUUCUCUCAAUGGUCUGCAGAACAUUUUGGGCUUCCUGCCUUUUCACACCAAAACUGAACUUUUGAAGCAAAUGUGUUUAAUGUGUUGAGAUAAAAACUCAGAUUUGCAACUAUAGGAUCAUAUUCCACCUAAAUUUAAUGUAAAAUUUUGAUUUGUUCUAUAACAUUUUGUUCCAUUUACUUUUAGAUCAUUUUUUCAUGUGGUGUGAAAUGGAAGUUAGCCCUCUUUAAACCCUCAUAACUUACAACCUACCGUCAGAAGCAGGUCUGAAAACAAAUAAGAAGCUGCUUGAAUCUAUAAUAAAAGGAAUGAAGUUGGACAAGAACAGAAAACACAACAGCAGUGUAUCUAUUUUUAGUCCACAGGUAUGCUGCAGUCUUAAUAAUCCUGUUAGUUGGAACAGGCCCUGACCCCAGACCAGUCUGAUAUAAUGCCCCCCUGCCCCUCUACAAUCAGGCCCAGACCAGAUGAUUAAAGGUGCUCUUACAGCUGCCUGUCUGAAAGGUGCUCUCAGACCCUCAUCAGUGCCACUAUUCGCAUGGUUUACAAACCCCCGUAGGCUCCACGGACACGACCCCAAAACAAUCAGGCUGGUUAUUUCUUCCUCACGAUAAAAAAUCCCUCAAGUGCUGCUUCUGCUCAUUGACGUCAAUUGAAUUUUUUCCCCUCCCCCUUCCACUGUAUCAGGUUUCCAGGACAGUCGGGUUAUUAGGAUUUGGCACAGAUGGAAAUGCUGGAUUCAGCAUGGCAGACUGUACCCUUCUCAAAAAAAGAGGAAUAAUUAGACUCUCGUUUUAAAGCAAACCAGAAAAUAUCUUUUUUGCAUAUUUCAGUAAUAUGUAGGGGAAAAUGGUUUGCAGACCUCACAUUUCUGCCUCUGUGGCUUCCAAAACUGAUUUUUCUGGAUGUUCUGCUUAAAUCUAUUAUCAUGUCUCUCCAUGUUCAUAUUGGUUUACUGAUACAGUCAACGGUACUUCAUCUAAUUUCACUCCAGCAUGCUUAAGUGGCAAUCGUUUGUGUGCAGUUUGUAUGGAGGGUUUUGUAUGUGUGUGUGAGUAUGUGUUUCUGUAUGUUGAAUGUGUGAAUGUGUUGACUUUGUCAUCAGGCCUUACCCCCAUCACUCCACAUCUUUGUCUCUACCGUUUGUCGCUAGGAGCUCAAGUUGGUCCUUUUUGCUGUUUAUAACAGUGUGUAUUUAUUCUUUACUUUAAGCCUGUAAAUAAGAAAUACUGGUUCAGUGUAAAAUCUAUUUUAAUUUAUAUGCACUUGCAUUACCUGGAAGUGGUGGUGUCUAAUGUGUAGAAGACUCUGGAUUAGAGUCUUUUUAUAUAUGUAUUAUAUAUUGUUUUAUAUAUAUAAAUAUAUAUAAAUAUAUCUAAGUAUAUAUUCGCACAAUGUUUUGAGUGCCCAGCAGAGCAGCAGCUAAAGAGACAUGUUGUUGUUGUCACAUGAGAAACUUGCAACUCCAAAAUAGCCUUUCUAAUUUCACUUAAAAGUUAAAAUUGUUUAUUUUCAACCAAAUUUUUGGGUGAUUCACUUUGAAAAAUGAAGUAAUAUCAUGGAUGUUUUUGGUAUUGCAAAACUUAACUUUAUUAGUUACAUUAAACAAUAACAGAAUUUGUCUCAGAUCUACCAAGAUCUUUAUUUCUUCUUUUUUUAAUAAAACAAAACUGGACCAAUUUAGGUUUUGGAGGUACAAUGUUUUCAUCUGAGAACAGCAAUUUGGUAACCCAGAGGCGGCAUAGAGGACAUGUUAAACUGCGUAGGCUUGGAUAUAGAAUACAUACAAGCUAGCUAAGGAACACAGAAGCUUAGUCAAUGCUUGGUAUCAAAAUACACAAAUAGCUUAUUUUCUCUGAGCGGCUUGUUACAACCUAAGCUUCUAAAUCCGGCAUUUGAAUGCAGAUUGCUGAUAUACAAGGCCAGAUACAGGUUCGACUGACAUACACAAAGCAAUCGUCUCCUUUUACACUUAUCGCACUUAAUGUAAAAGUAGAUAACACUGGGACGGUAUUGGUAGCAUGCUACAAUACGCCCGGCACUGACGUGAAUCGUUCUGAAUUAACAACAAAACAUGAUCUUAUGUAACUGAUUGUGCUAAUGUGUGAACUCUUUCUGACCAAACUUGUUAGCAGUUUUGAAAUUCAAAUUUGUCAGUAUUAACAUUGUUUAUCUAUGUUCAAGCUUUUUUUGGUCCUAGUUGUGUCCAAAUGGUUAGCCAGAUUUAGCACUAUCUGCAUGAAAGAUGGGUCUUUUUUUAUUGUCAAUAAUAUGUUCAAGUCCGCCAGUUGUUGCAGGUGGGUUAUUAAAUGUUUCACACAAUGUAUGGUAUUAUAUUGUAUAUUGUGUUCAAAAAUAAAUCUGAAAUACUUUUUCUAUGAAGUGAUUAAAAGCAAAGCAUGAAUACA